ACCGCCUGCUCAUUUCUACAGAAACGUGGCCGUGGAGUCUUCGCAGCUCUUCACUAGGAGAGUGGAUGCUCACUGAGGACCACCUAGGCGCACCGGAGACAAAACGCAGCAAUGGAGGAGUUAAUAGUGGAACUUCGUCUCUUUCUUGAACUCCUGGACCACGAAUACCUGACAUCCACGGUCAGGGAGAAGAAGGCCGUGAUUGCGGACAUCCUGCUCAGGAUACAGGCCUCCAGAGGUUCUGAAGUGAGAGACCACGCUCCGAAGCAGGAGACCCCCAGCAGCCUGCCGGCCCCUCCCCAGAUGCCUCUGCCGGAGAUCCCGCAGCCCUGGCUGCCCCCCGACAGCGGGCCGCCCCCACUGCCCACGUCCUCGCUCCCAGAGGGUUAUUAUGAGGAGGCCGUGCCGCUGAGUCCUGGGAAAGCUCCGGAAUACAUCACGUCAAAUUAUGACUCGGAUGCGAUGAGUAGCUCUUACGAAUCGUAUGACGAGGAGGAGGAGGAUGGCAAGGGGAAGAAGACGCGCCACCAGUGGCCCUCGGAGGAGGCCUCCAUGGACCUGGUGAAGGACGCCAAGAUCUGUGCCUUCCUGCUGCGCAAGAAGCGCUUCGGACAGUGGACCAAGUUGCUCUGCGUCAUCAAAGACACCAAACUACUGUGCUACAAGAGCUCCAAGGACCAGCAGCCGCAGAUGGAGCUGCCCCUCCCGGGCUGCAGCAUCGCCUACGUCCCGAAGGACGGCAAGAAGAAGCAGCACGAGCUGAAGAUCACGCAGCAGGGCACCGACCCCCUGGUCCUCGCGGUGCAGAGCCGGGAGCAGGCCGAGCAGUGGCUGAAGGUGAUCCGAGAGGUCUACAGCGGCUGCAGUGGGCCCGUGGACGCCGAGUGUCCCCCGCCGCCAGGCUCCCCGGUGCACAAGGCGGAGCUGGAGAAGAAACUGUCCUCGGAGAGACCAAGCUCGGACGGGGAGGGUGUCGUGGAGAAUGGAGUCGCCGUGUGUAACGGGAAAGAACAAGUCAAGAGGAAAAAAAGUUCCAAAUCAGAGGGCAAGGGGACUGUAUCUAAAGUCACUGGGAAGAAAAUCACCAAGAUCAUCGGUUUAGGAAAGAAAAAGCCGUCGACCGACGAGCAGACCUCCUCCGCCGAGGAGGACGUGCCCACCUGCGGCCACCUGAACGUGCUCUCCAACAACCGCUGGCGGGAGCGCUGGUGCAGGGUCAAGGACAACAAGCUCAUCCUGCACAAGGACAGGACCGACCUGAAGACCCACCUCGUGUCCAUCCCUCUCCGCGGCUGCGAGGUGAUCCCCGGGCUGGACUCCAGGCACCCGCUGACCUUCCGGCUGCUCCGCAACGGGCAGGAGGUGGCCGUGCUGGAGGCGGCGUCCUCGGAAGACAUGGGCCGGUGGAUCGGAGUCCUGCUGGCGGAGACGGGGUCCUCCACAGACCCCGGCGCCCUGCACUACGACUACAUCGACGUGGAGAUGUCGGCCAACAUCAUCCAGACGGCCAAGCAGACCUUCUGCUUCAUGAACAGACGUGUCAUCUCCACCAACCCCUACCUCGGGGGCACCCCCAACGGCUAUGCCCACCCCAGCGGGACGGCGCUGCACUACGACGACGCCCCCUGCGUGAACGGCUCGUUGAAGAGUAAAAAGCCCCCCCUCGCAUCCAGCGGGGCUGCAGGAAAAGGCAAGACCCUGAGCAGCCAGCCCAAGAAGGCCGAGCCGGCCGCCGGCGUGAGGCGCACGCCUUCCAAUGCUGACCAGUACAGAUACGGCAAGAACAGGGUGGAAGCAGAUGCCAGGCGGCUGCAGACCAAGGAAGAGGAGCUGCUGCGGCGGAAGGAAGCCCUGCGGACCAGGCUGGCCCAGCUCCGGAAGGAAAGGAGGGACCUGCGGGCCGCCAUCGAGGCGAACGCUGGUAGGAGGGCGCCCGUCCGGGAGGGUCUGCCUCCCUCUGUCUGCCACAGGCCUCACUCAUCAGCUCGCGGCUAAGAUUCAGCUUGUGUCC